AUGUCGCGGAUCGCAGGUCCCGCUCGCCAGGCGGGCUCCAAACGUCUCACCUCCAUCCCCGUCGACGUCUACAUGCUCAUCCUCGACGAGCUCCUCCACGACGUCCAGUCCUCCAUCGCCGAGCGCAAAGCCAUCCUCACCCGCCUCAACCUCGUCUGCCGCCUCUUCUCCGCCCUUGUCGCCCCCAAGCUCUUUGCCACCAUGGCCUUCCUCGGCACCCCCAGCAAGGGCACCCAGGUCCGAAUCCGCCAGGCCCGCAAACUCUGGAUGAACCAGCUCGCAAAAGGCGACGAGACCGCGUGCAUGCUCGGCGCCUUCGUUAGGGAGGUCCAAUUCUCAGACUGGAUCCCCCUUCACGAUCUCGACCAGUACAGCCUCUCCCGACAAGACCUCCCUCGUUACCUCCAGCUCGUCCCCCUCUUUCCCAACCUCCGUGUCCUCCAUCUCGUCCGCACCCCUGUCGCGCCCCCCCUCCUCCAUGCCGUCGCCGGCCUCGAGUCCCUCGACGUCCUCUGCAUCAGACAUUGCUCCUUCGCUGUUCCGACUCCCGCGGCAUCUUUGCCAAGCGCGCCCCUCAUGCGCCUAUCCAAGUUCGAGGUCACAGCUGCAGACGGCGUGGAGCCCUACGUCCAAGCGCUCGCUUCCCUCGCCGGAACUCCGGCCCUGCGCUCUUUGUCCACCACAGAAUGGCCUAUCGCUCAUGCUGUCAUCGCAAAGGACACCGUCACGGCCCUGCGCGACCUCGACGUCCCUUUCCUCCCCAGGGCUGCCCCCACCCUGUUCGCUUUCCUGAACCGCACGCCCACCCUCGUUGAUUUGUCCGUGGUCGGAGUGGACGGCAGCGAGGCGCUCGACGCAGGCGAGCAUGUAGUCCGGUGCUCCGAUGCCCUCCAGAGCACGGCCCUGCCCCACCUCAAGUCUUUGAGGUGUCCGCUCUAUCUUCUAGCCUCCUUCCUCCGUGGUCAGGCGAUAUCGCGCCUCAGCCUCGUCGAUCCGAGCGAUUGGUUCGGCCCUAGCCUCUCCGCGGACGAGCGGCUCCUGGCGCCUCUGAAACAGUGUGACCUCCGGGAGCUCGAGCUUCCAGCGUGGAUUCUGUACAACACUCCCAUGGAGCGCCUCGCCCCCAAGCUGUCCAGACUAUCCGUCUGUUUCCCCAUCCACACGUUUAGCAUGCCCCCUGAGCUGAUCGUACAGGAACUGUGCGCGCUCAAGCACAAGCUGCCCCUGCAGAGCCUCGAGCUGCACUUUGUGGACACCGUCUGGAAGCUCAAUCUUCCCCUCCAGCAUCGCAUGAUCGUGAAGCACUUGUCGCGCGCGUUUCCGACCGCUAGAAAAUUCUCCCUCAUCGAUGCUAUUGAAUGGCACGCCGAGUCAGGCAGCUCAGAAUGGAGACCCAUCGUGCGCGGGCGCGAAUCUGUCAAGGCGCUAUUGCUGCUAGAGCAGGAGGCUAUUUGGGACGUCAUGCAGGUCGCUGAUUUUGGGGGGACGCUCCUGGCGCUGUUUGAGAGGGACGAAAUUACGCCUGCGCUUGCCCGGCGGUUGUCCCAGGAGCGCCGGCCAGGGCGGCCACAGCUCGAUGGCGCGGGCGGCUCAACGCGUCUCUAG